AUGCGGGAAAAGGGCAAUUUGGUCAAAAAGGGAUCCCUCAGCGCAGAGGGCGACGUCGAGUUCUGGGACGAUGGCAGCUCCACGCCUCGAUCGGCACAUUUCCAUUCAGAGUCGAAGCCCAAGGGCGACGAGCGCUUUGUCGAGCAACCAGCAUCGAAGAACCCUACGCCUGACCGAAGCGAGUAG